AUUGCUGAAGGAGAAAAAUCCCACAAAAUACGGCCCGCAGCGCGCUCGACUGUUCUCAGGUAAGUAAGUACGUGUUACGUUGAUGAGCACUUUGCUGAACCUUCAAGCACUAUAGUACACAUGAGUGUGGUAGGUUUUGAUGUGGGGAACGAAAGCGGUGUUGUUGCUGUUGCAAGACAAAGAGGUAUCAAUGUUGUACUGAACGAUGAGGCCAAGCUCGAAACUCCUGCUGUUGUAUGUUUUGGCAAGAAGCAGCGAUUAUUUGGAACAGCAAGUAUGUUGAAUCCAAAAUAUACAAUAUUACAGAUAAAACAUUUUAUUGGACGCAAAUUUUCAGAUGCCGAGUUGCAGAAGGAUAUCAAAUCAUUGCCAUUUUCAGUCACUGAAGGGCCUGAAGGAUAUCCCUUGAUUCAUGCUCAGUAUUUGGGGGAAAAUAGGACCUUCACACCUACUCAGCUUUUAGGAAUGGUUCUUUCUGAUUUGAAGAUCAUAGCAGAAAAGAACUUAAAUUCUGCCGUUGUGGACUGCUGUAUCGGGAUACCUGUUUACUUCACCGAACUGCAGAGAAGAUCUGUUAUAGAUGCUGCGACCAUUGCUGGUUUGAACCCUCUUCAUCUCAUUCACGAGACAACAGCUACCGCUUUAGCUUAUGGUAUUUACAAAACCGAUUUACCUGAAAAUGAACCAAUGAAUGUUGCAUUUGUUGACGUUGGUCAUGCCAGUAUGCAAGUAUGUGUUGCUGCCUUCAAGAAAGGUCAGCUGAAGAUAUUGGCUCAUUCUUAUGAUCAGUGUUUGGGUGGAAGGGAUUUUGAUGAAGUGCUUUUCCAACAUUUUGCUGCAAAAUUCAAGGAUGAGUACAUGAUUGAUGUUUAUCAGAAUGCAAGGGCUUCCCUAAGAUUGCGUGCUGCUUGUGAGAAGUUGAAGAAGGUCCUUAGUGAAAAUGCUGAGGCGUCCUUGAACAUCGAGUGUUUAAUGGACGAGAAGGAUGUUAUAGGUUUUAUGAAGAGAGAUGAUUUUGAGCAGAUUAGUAGUCCAAUUUUGGAACGUGUGAGAAUACCAUUGGAGAAGGUUCUUGCUUAUGCUCAACUUACUACCCAGGAUAUACAUUCUGUCGAAGUUGUUGGUUCAGGCUCUCGAGUUCCCAUGAUUGCAAAAAUAGUGACAGAGUUUUUUGGAAAGGAGCCUAGACGAACAAUGAAUGCUAGUCAAUGUGUGGCCGAAGGCAGUGCUCUGCAAUGUGCUAGUCUCAGCCCUUCAUUUAAAGUUAAAGAUUUUCAGGUUAUUGAGAGUUUUCCAUUUCCCAUUUAUUUGUCAUGGAAUAUGCCUGCCCCUGAUGAUACACAAACUGGAGCAGCUGAUUUGCAGGAGAACGUUCUCGUAUUUCACCCCGGCAACCGCAUGCCAAGUGUUAAGGCAGUGGCUCUCUCCAUGUCUGGCACGUUCACUAUAGAUGUACAUUAUAUGGAUGGCAGUGAGCCUCUGAAUAGUAGUACUUACACGAUUGGACCUUUCAAGUCCACAAAAGGUGAAAAUAUAAAGGUGAAGGUCAAAAUGCGUCUAAAUCUCCAUGGCAUUUUCUCGGUCGAGUCUGCAAUGGUCCAGCUCAUAGAAGGGGGAUAUAUGAAAGUUCCAGUUGUGAAAGAGCCAGCUAAAGAGGUGACCGAGUUGGAUGUUCAUCCCAGUAGCACUGAAACAGAUGUAAAUACGCAAGAUGCUAAGACAGAUGGCCCUGGAGCUGAAAAUGGUGUCCCAGAAUCUGGGGAUAAGACAUCUCAGAUGGAAAUGUUUAAGAGCAUGGAAGCUAGGUUCGAAGGAUUAGCAAUGGCGAUCGAGGAUCAGUUCGCUCGCACUUCAGCGAUUGAGGCAAAGUUGGACCUAAUCAUGCAACAAAUUGCUGUUUUGGGAAGCCGCACAGCAGCUGAGGAAUCCACAACUCUGCCACUUCAGCAAACGAUGGACCUUCCCACAUUUGAUGGUAGCAACGCGGUUGCAUGGCUAGCUAGUGCGGAUGAGUAUUUUCUAAUCUACAAGACGCCAAUGGAGAAACGGGUCGAGCUGGCCUUGACCGCACUCUCUGGCCCCGCGAUGUCUUGGAUCCAGUUACUCCUCCGACGCAACCCUGACCUCAAAUGGGAUCAGUUUUCCCACGAGCUUCUCAUUCGUUUUGGGUCGGACCCAACGUUAGACGGGUACAAGGCGCUGCCUACCCCGUCCCAAGAAGGGUCUCUCGACGACUAUAUUGCCGAAUUCGAAGGACGCCUCGCUCAACUUCCGGAGCUCACCGAGAAGCAGUAUCUUGGAUUAUUUGUAGAGGGACUGAAGCCCCACAUCCGUAUGCAGAUUCGUGAUCCCACCAUCACCACCUACACAGCUGCACUUCAAAUGGCCAAGCAUAUUGAUUUUGUCUUCAAGCGUAUGUAAGAUUAUGGUGGUUUUCAUGAUUAACAAGAUUAUGGAGGUUUUCAUGAAUCUCCAUUGAUGGUUCUUGUUCAUCUUGAGGACAAUGCUGUUUUGACAACAUGGCAAUUGAUAAUAUGGUGCAAAUUAGGACUAGUUAUCUUUUCUUAUUAUGUUUAGUUGUGGUCUUUUUAGUUGUGGUCUUUUUAGUUGUUCAUUAGUUUAAAGUCAUACUAUUAGUUGAAUCUUAACGGUCUCGUUUGCUGGGGUUUAUA